AUGGAUCUGAAUGUUUCGGUGAAUGGAGUUGAGCAAACGAUCACUGGGUUGACGAGUCAGACAACUUGUGCUGAGGUAAUCUACGCUUUGGCACACGCGCAAGGGCAACCCGGUCGAUACGUUUUGGUGGAGCGCUUUUGCACGGCGGAAAGAAAUCUUCUCCCCACCGAUCGUCCCAUCGAAAUGCUCGCAAAAUGGAAGGAACACGCGAAAAAUGUCUCCUAUUAUUUAAAGAGAAUCGAAGAAAAGGAGGAAAAGGUUGAGGAAGUUGAGGAUCCAUCAACAAAUCCCGUUCAAUCAUCAAGUCAAUCGACUCAAUCGACUCAAUCGACUCAAUCAAUCCCUCCAAACGAUCACUCCGAGCCGAUCGAGACGUCAACUUUCACCCAACGAAUGCCCUCCACAAGCUCCGUUCGAUCCGAUGUCUUGUAUUCAGUGAUUAAACGAAAGACCGAAUUCGCCCCAAGUGGAUCAAGCACGACAAGUCUCCCAGCAUAUACUGGAGUGAGAAUGAGACCGGGCACUUCAAUGGGAACGAUGAGAAGUCGAGCUCCACCACCUGAUUAUGCGAGUGUAAUGGAGAGACGUUUCAACUCACUCUCGCGAAACCCGCACAAUUCCCAUUCGAGACCACCGCUGGAUAUGACUAGAUUCGGCAUCACACAAGCAGAUGGUCCCUCUUCAGCUCCGCCCCGACUCACUGAAUAUGAACUGCAAAAGUUGAUCGAGGCACAAAACUACACUUUGGAGCAACAACGACAACGACUCUAUGAGACGGAUGUCGAGGCAAAAGAAGAAGAAAGAGAAUUGAUACAGUUGGAGAGACAAAUGGAGAAUUUGGAAGAAGUCCUGCAUCCACUCCGACAAGCAAAUUGGCCUCAGCAAUACAAUGUCGAGUACACGACGCAACUGCGACUCAAAAUGGGCAUUCAGAGUAUCAAGGAUGCAAUUCAGAAUGUUAAGAGAAAUAUUGACGAGAAAACCCGGGAAGAACAGGAGUUGACAAAGGCGAUUUUCGAAGAGAUGAGUCUUGAAGAUAGCUCUUCCUUUGAUUCUCCUCAUUUGAAUAUUCAGCAAGGAAUGAAAGCUUUU